CAGGAAGCUCAGCUAAUAUUUGCAGAGGCGGUGAAGGCAUGUGAAAGUAUUCACUUAUAGACUGACCCAUGAGUGUCUUAGCAUUUACACACACUUCAUGAUGCUCCCCUGUAUGAAAGAGACAGACAAGAUGGACGACAUAGAUGCCAUGUUCAGUCAGCUGCUUGGAGAGAUAGAUCAUCUCUCUCAGAGUUUAUCGCCUGAAGGGGACCCACCAGAAGCGGAUCCUGAUUCACACAGAGAGAGAACCUUCUCCGUUGGCUUCACAGACCUGAAUGAGUCUCUUAAUGAACUGGAGGACCAGGACCUGGAUGCCCUGGUGGUUGCUCUGGGAUCAAAGUUGAACCCAGGAGAUCUCUCCACUUAUCAAGAGAACAGCAAUCUCACAGAUAAUCAGAGUCUACCGCCUGCCAUGACUCAGGGAUCUGAGGCAGCAGCUGCCCUUCCUCUAAAACCAGACACUGACACGUCAUCUGGAGUGCUACAGAGGAGUGAACCCCAGACAAAAGCAGACAAAAUUAAAUUGGCUCUGGAGAAGCUGAAGGAAGCCAAAGUGAGGAAGCUGAUAAUAAAGGUGAUGAUGAGUGACGGCAGCUCCAAGACUCUGAUGGUGGAUGAAAGACAGACGGUGCGAGAGGUUUUGGACAAGUUGUUUGAGAAGACUCACUGUGACGGUAGCAUCGACUGGUGUCUGUGUGAGACCAAUCCUGAGCUGCAGAUUGAGAGAGGCUUUGAGGACCAUGAAAGUUUGGUGGAGCUGCUGUCUACGUGGACUCGCCACAGUGAAAACAAAAUCUAUUUUGUGUCAAGACCUCAGAAGUAUGUGAUGUUCAAAGACCCACAGGUAUUUUAUAUGUGGAAGAAGAAGACAGUUUUAAGUGGGAUUAAUGAGCAUGCCAAGCAACUCUUACUUAAGGAGCAUUUUGAGGGUUCGACUCUGAUUGUUCCUGAUCUUGAGGGCACACUCCAUCUAAAGGAAGAUGGGAAGAAGGUCUGGAAACCUCGCUACUUCGUGCUCAGGGCCUCAGGCAUCUACUAUGUGCCCAAAGGAAAGACGAAGUCUUCCACUGAUCUGGCCUGUUUUGUCCAUUUUGAAAAAGUCAACAUCUACACCACCAGCAACUACAAACAGAAAUACAGAGCUCCCUCCAACUUCUGCUUCAUACUGAAGCAUCCCUGCAUCCAGAAAGAGUCUCACUACAUCAAGUUCUUGUGCUGCGACGACGAACACACGCUGUUGCUGUGGGUGAACUCCAUCAGAGUAGCCAAGUAUGGGACUGCAUUGUAUAAGAACUACCGGGAUGCAGUGAAGAGAGUGUCCACUCUGCAUACUCUCCAGUCUGCUGCACACAAAGACAGAUCCAAAAACCAGGUCCGUGGGAUCAGCCCACAGCCGGGUCCGCCUCCACCCAAAAUCACAGAUGUUGAAGAGUAUUCACAGGAGCCACCGCCUGACUUCAUCCCUCCUCCUCCUCCUGGCCACACACACACCUGAGACUCGUCUUCACCUCCUCCUGUGAAUCAGGUUUAACUUCACAUAGGCUGGAUUUAGCCAGUUUAGCUUAUAUUAUAAUAGCAGUGUUACCUGCCUAAGACGCAAAAUAGUGUAUUUUAAAUGUUAUUUAUUCUCAAAUCUGUAACAGUAUUUAUUUCUGUUUUGUUUUGGGCAAAUAUAUUAACAUACACAACAGUAGGUUGCAAAUUCUUACAUCUUUCUCAACAGCUUUACCAAACAAAACAAACCGUUCUGUUCAUUCUUUCAAUGAGCUGUUUAUUACAAAAAGACUGUACAUAAAUUUCAAUGAACACAUCCUAUGUACAAACUGAGAGGAGAAGACAAAUAUCGGAUUCUGUUCCCAUGAACAUUUAAGUUACUGAUCUUUUUUUUUUUUCCACGUUUGAUCAUAAGAAAACACACAUUAAAGAAAGGCGCCUUGACCUGUGAUGCCCUGAAAUGCUAGACGUUAAGUGGUAAACAUUACAAAGUUCUGCACGUCAGUGGUUGUCUCAUGAUUUCUCUAUGAAAAAAGUAUAAAUAAAUCCUUUACAUACAAACUGCUAACGAACCUUCCUCAGCAGCCUCAGACAUAAGAAUAAUAGUUGAAUGCAAAGCUAGAAAUACAUUAGGUAGAAAAAGUUGUUUCCUCACAAAAAAAUUACCUCAUGAUGGAAAAAAUACAAUCAAGAAUGGGAUGUAGUGGCAAAUCAUUCACUGUAAUGAUGCGUAGAUACUUUCAUGCACAGAGGCUGAAUGAAUACUGUUGAUCUGACCGAGUCAUUGUCUUUUCUGGUCUGUGCAGAAACCUGAAAAUGUAACCUCUGUAACCGAACCAGAAACAAAGUUCAUGUCCAAUGCCCGUUAAAUUCCAAAGUACAUGUGAUUAUGUUUGUAUAUCUGACUUGUUAGAAACAUAUAUUCUGAGAUAAGUAUUAGCUUCAAUGAUAUUUGACAGCGAGUAUUACUUGCACCAACAAUCACUUUGAAAGAGCAGGCAUCUUAUUUUGCAAAAGCAGUAGAAAUUGGAAAACAGAAGUCUUCGUAUCAGCGCUGAAUUUAAGCCCUCAGGAUUGCAUUUCAUUCCUUCACUGCAGACAGCAGGUGUCAUUCAUGUGUAGCACAAAGUCUAGACCAAAAAAAAAAAAAAAAACUUAAGUAGCAGAUUCUAGCUGUAGUACAUUACUGCUGAGUCGCCUACAUUCACUACAAUGCAGAAGUGACUGAAGAUCAAAACGACCAGUGUUCACCUUCUGGAACAAAACGCGGAGACUAAAAUCCUUGGUUACAUUUCUAUGUAGAGCAGUAUUGUUUUGAGGUUGUCUGGGUUGGUGAUUAUGGUUAUUGAGCACCAAUAUGAAGCACCACACCAUCAACCACUGAAAGAAAUGACGACAAAUCUAACGGUUAAUCGCUGCUCCUCAGACAGCAACUCGUGUUGUUGCAUUCAGAGCCAAGAAGGAAAAAUCGCAAAGUCCAUCACAGUCGUUGAUAACUAAUCAGUGCAGCUAAUCCAACACAAUGGUAAAACAACAUGAAAAACAUACAGGUUAGUCCUUCCUCUGCUUCACAGUCUGAAGCAGGAAACAUCUCAGAGCUCUGCUACAGUAGCUGGACAGCAUCACCAAAUACAGUGACAAUGAUAUAACUGUGAUUUAACAGAAAAAUAAAUGUUUAUACACGGCCACUUUGCCAAGAUAAAAGUUAAAAUGGCACUGUGAGUGAUGAAUAAAAUUAAUAUUCAAGUAAAAAUAAACACAAAAUGUUUAAAAAAA